AUGGAAUCAAUUUCCCUUAUUUGUCUUCCUCAUCUGCUUGUCCGCCAACGCCGGAAAAUUAGCGUUGAGCAUCCAUUUAAGCAAGCAUCGCCUAUGAAGGUGUUUGCUGCAAGAAGAAGAGAUGGAUAUGAUGAUGAUGAUAGGGAGAGGGACUAUAUUAGUGGGCGCCGAGUUGAUGAGAACAUGAUUGUUCUACGGAUGCGAAUCCAAGACAUGAACAUGGCUGAUCAAAGGAAGCAAGAACCACCAUCGCAUUGGAUGGAUUGGGAGAAGCGAUAUUACCCUAAUUAUGAUUCUGAUAUCUGUGAAGCCAUGGGACUGUUACAAACUCAACUUAUGAAUACAAGGCCAAGCUUGGUGUUUGGGAUGAUGGCCUUAGUUGGGUUUAGUGUUCCUACAUCGCUGUUUAUGACUGCUUAUCAUUUGAUGCAAAUACUAAAGGGAAUAUUAUGUGGGUUUCAUCUAGGUUAUUGA